CCCCGUUUAAAUAAGAAAACCGCAUUUCAGUAGGCCGUUAAAACCCAGCACUACAUCAUUUACUACAGUAUAUACCAGAUGUCAAUUCCUACAGAUAUGCUUGUAUCAAAGGAGAGUUCCUUGUCAUUUCCUACCAAUUUUAAAUUUGAAUCCCUCACUGAUGUUUUAAAAUACUGAGACAUUAAAAAGUGUUUAGGUCAAGCCUUUAGAAGUUCACCACUGUCCAUACACAUGAAUAUUUACAUUAAAGGAUAAUGUUGGCUUUUGUAAGAAUUGAAUGUAAGUCAGAACUUUGUUGUGUCUUUAAAUACAAGUUGUCUCCAGGUCUGUUCUGCAAUAUGAUGUUUGGUCGCUAGGGGUCAACGUAAAUACAUGCACAAAUUCAAUGGUGAUGUGACGUCAUAUAAUCAGCAGCUUGUUCUUCCCACCCCUUGAUGAGUCUGACAUUCACGCUGACACGAUCGUCGUGUCUGUGUUGUGUCUAUUGAAUCACUCAAUGGCUUAUUAGAGGAAUAUUUCCUGGACUUCACGUUUGGAUUUAGUUUUUACAAGCACCGUUGUUCUUAGAAUGGAGCAGUGAUCGUUUUUUUGGUAUCACCAUGGAACAAAGAAGGGCGAUACGGUGUUUGCUCGGCGUCGUGGCUGCGGUGCUUUUGUGCAGCGUGACUUCAGCACAAUUAAGAUACUCCAUCCCCGAGGAGGUGAAUGAAGGAACUGUGGUCGGGAAUGCUGCAAAAGACCUUGGAUUGGAUAGAAAUACACUGAAAGAGCGCAGGUAUCGGAUUGUUUCCAGCACUGCUGAGCCUCUUUUCUAUGUGAGUCAGACCGAUGGCAUCCUUUAUGUCAGCAGGAAGAUAGACAGAGAAAAGGAGUGUCCACAAAGCAGUACGUGUGUGAUGAAUCUGAAAACUGUGUUGGAAAACCCACUGGAGGUGCAUUAUGUUGGAGUGGAAGUAGUGGAUAUAAAUGAUCAUUCUCCUAAUUUCUCAGAGGAGGAGACAAUGCUGGAUAUUUAUGAAUCAGUAUUGCCUGGAGCAAGAUAUCAGCUGACAGCUUCUCAGGAUGGAGAUAGUGGUCAGUUUUCUGUGCAGCAUUACAAACUUAGUGACAAUGAUUAUUUUCGUUUGGAACUUAAAGAUAAAGGAAAAGAAGGCAAAAUUCCCAUAUUGGUUGUUAAAAAGUCUUUAGACAGGGAGACAACAGGACAUUUUUCACUAGUUCUAACUGCUUUUGAUGGAGGAAAACCUCCCAAAACAGGUGACAUGAAUAUUUUGAUAAAUGUGUUAGACAUUAAUGAUAAUGCACCUGUUUUCUCUAAAGAUGUUUACUCAGUGACGCUUGAUGAAAAUUCUCCAAUAGGAACAGCAGUGAUACAAGUGAAUGCAACUGAUUUAGAUGAAGGUUCAAAUGCAAAUGUGGUAUAUUCUUUCAGCAAAAAUAGUCCAAACAUAUUGCAGCUAUUUGAUAUCAAUGCAAAUACAGGUGAUAUUGUUGUGAAGGGGCCGUUAGACUUUGAGGAAAAUGACAUGUUUGAAAUUGAAAUUCAAGCAUCAGAUAAAGGUUUUGUUCCACUAACAACAGAAAAAAGUGUCAACAUUAAAUUAGUUGACAUUAAUGACAAUGCACCUGAGAUUGAAGUGACGUCAUUUUCUAGUUCCAUUCCUGAAGAUUCCAGACCUGGAACUACAGUUGCUUUAAUCAGUGUGAAUGACUUAGACUCUGGUCUCAAUGGCAAAGUGAUUUGUUCUAUAGGUGAUGAUGUUCCUUUUGCUUUGUCACCAUCAUUACAAGACAAAAUGUAUUCUUUAGUGACCAAAUCACCUCUGGACAGAGAGAAAAUAUCCAAGUAUGAUAUUUUAGUAGAUGCAAGAGAUGCUGGUCAACCUGCACUCUCAUCUGAAAAGACAAUAAGUGUUUUUAUUUCAGAUGUGAAUGAUAACAGUCCAGAGUUUUCAUCCAGUCCUUAUGCUUUCUAUGUGACUGAGGGCAACCAUGCAGGGGCCUCUGUCUUUUCUGUCAAAGCUUCUGAUCGUGAUGAGAACGAGAAUGCUGCUAUUUCAUAUCAUAUUGUCAGGGAUGGAAGAGAAGGAAGUAAACUGUCUUCAUUUCUAAGUAUAAAUACAGAAAAUGGACAAAUAUCAGCACUCAAAAGUUUUGACUUUGAGACGCUGAAAAGUUUCCAGUUCCAAGUAGUGGCCACGGACGGUGGAAGUCCUCCACUGAGCAGCAACGUGACAGUGAACGUGUUCAUUCUGGAUCGGAACGACAACGCUCCAGUCAUCCUGUAUCCAGUCAGCUCCAACGGUUCUGCUGAAGGUGUGGAGGAGAUUCCCCGCAAUAUGAAAGCAGGAGACUUGGUGACUAAAGUCAGAGCCUAUGAUGCUGAUAUAGGAUAUAACGGCUGGUUACUGUUUUCACUGCAGCAAGUCACUGACCACAGUCUCUUUACUUUGGACCGCUAUACGGGCCAGAUCAGAACACUUCGCUCAUUCACAGAGACGGACGAGGCUGAGCAUGGACUGCUCAUACUGGUCAAAGACAAUGGCAACGUUUCCCUGUCAGCAACAGCUACUGUGACUGUCAAACUUGUGGAGCCCAAAGAGGCUUUUGCAGCUUCUGAUGUCAAACGUGCAGCAGCAAAAGUGGACGAGGAGGACGACAAUGUGACUUUUUACCUCAUCGUCACUUUGGGCUCGGUCUCGCUGCUCUUUGUCAUCAGCAUCAUCGUGCUGAUCGCCAUGCAGUGCUCCAAAUCCACAGAGUACACUUCCAAAUAUCUCCAAGACGCUAAUUAUGAUGGGACACUGUGUCACAGCAUCCAGUACAGAUCAGGAGACAAACGCUACAUGCUAGUUGGACCCAGAAUGAGUAUAGGUUCUACUAUAGUCCCGGGCAGCCACGCCAACACUCUGGUGCUCCCUGACAGGAGACACACUUCUUCUGGGGAGGUAAGACAUACAUUUUGUGUAUUCUGUGUAACGUCAUAAAACAAUUCAGCCAUAUGGUAUAUUUGAUGAACUUGUAUAUCAGCUUGAAUUGCUUGCUUUUGUGAACUCAAUGUUUUUUUAUGUCCUAGACCAGGGGUCGGCAACCCGCGGCUCUAGAGCCGCAUGCGGCUCUUUAGCGCCGCCCUAGUGGCUCUAUGGAGCUUUUUCAAAAAUGUAUGAAAAAUGGAAAAAGAUGAGGGGGAAAAAAUAUAAUUUUUGUUUUAAUAUGGUUUCUGUAGGAGGACAAACAUUACACAAACCUCCCUAAUUGUUAUAAAGCACACUGUUUGUAUUAAACAUGCUUCACUGAUGACGAGCGCCGUUUUGUCCUACUAAUUUUGGCGGUCCUUGAACUCACCCUAGUUUGUUUACAUGUAUAACUUUCUCCGACUUUCUAGGACGUGUUUUAUGCCACUUCUUUUUCUGUCUCAUUUUGUCCACCAAACUUUUAAGGUUGUGCAUGAAGGUGACUUUUGUUGAUGUUAUUGACUUGUGUGGAGUGCUAAUCAGACAUAUUUGGUCACUGCAUGACUGCAAGCUAAUCGAUGCUAACAUGUUAUUUAGGCUAGCUAUAUGUCCAUAUUUAGGGAUGUCCGAUAAUGGCUUUUUGCCGAUAUCCGAUAUUCCGAUAUUGUCCAACUCUUUAAUUACCGAUACCGAUAUAUACAGUCGUGGAAUUAACACAUUAUUAUGCCUAAUUUGGACAACCAGGUAUGGUGAAGAUAAGGUCCUUUUUAAAAAAAAUUAAUAAAAUAAAAUAAAAUAAAUACAUUUAAAAUAUUUUCUUGAAUAAAAAUAAAAGUAAAACAAUAUAAAAACAGUUACAUAGAAACUAGUAAUUAAUGAAAAUGAGUAAAAUUAAGUGUUAAAGGUUAGUACUAUUAGUGGACCAGCAGCACGCACAAUCAUGUGUGCUUACGGACUGUAUCCCUUGCAGACUGUAUUGAUAUAUAUUGAUAUAUAAUGUAGGAACCAGAAUAUUAAUAACAGAAAGAAAAAACCCUUGGAGGUUUUUUGGG